AUGCAAUGUCAAAACAGUGCCUUCGACAUCACCUCCAACAAGGUCUGGGACAGCUGGAACCACGGCCGCCAAUGGAAGGACAUCAAGCACCGUUAUAUGGUUAAGGAGGAGGAGGAGGAGUAA